AUGGAUCUUUCAUGGCUGCUCGGCCACGCCCGUGUCUCAUUCCAUCACUCCAAGAACACUAUCUCUCUGACCUCUAAAUCUGGAAAAACAGCUCUUUCUGACAUAUGCAAAACAUCGACGCCACCAUGCAAGUUGAAUCCUCUACUUUUCAAUGGUCAUCUCCAUACUGCGUGGACAGCUGUAAAGGCUGCUGGACCCCCUAUCAUGUACAAGCGUCAGAUUUUCGAAUCCGAUGAUCCAAGAUUUGCGGGCACAUUUGCCGUGGAUUUUGUGACCCACCAUCGAGCAGAGACAGAAGAUUCCAGCCUCCCUCCUCGCACGACCUACUUUACUGAGGAUGAAUUCGCGAGCAUUGGCAGUGAUGAUACCAAACCUAUGUUGAUCACCCUACAUGGAUUGAGUGGGGGGUCGCAUGAAAUCUAUCUCAGACAUGUGUUGGAGCCUUUGGUGGAUCAGAGCGAGCAAGGCGAUUGGGAGGCCAUUGUCAUCAACAGCCGUGGCUGUGCUAUGAGCAAGAUUACCACUGGUAUCUUGUACAACGCGAGAGCCACCUGGGAUCUGCGACAGACGGUCAAGUGGUGCAGAAAGAUGUACCCGAAUCGCCCUCUGUACGCCAUUGGAUACUCCCUGGGUGCCAAUAUUCUCACAAAUUAUCUUGGUGAAGAAGGCGAUGCGUGCGAGUUGAAAGCGGCAGUAGUCUGCUCCAACCCCUGGAAACUCGAAGUGGCCAGUCUUGCCCUGCAGCGCACUUGGCUUGGACUCAAUGUCUAUUCCAAGACGAUGGGAACCAGCAUGAAGAAGCUUUUCGCACAACACGCAGAUCAAGUGAUUAAGAAUGGUAAUAUUGACCCGGACAGGGUUGCAAGUAUCAAAUAUUUGCAUGAAUUCGACAGGGAGAUUCAGUGCCCGACUUGGGGAUAUCCGACAGAAUAUGCGUAUUAUCGCGACGCAUCUUCGGCAGACUCUGUUGUUGCCAUUCGCACUCCCACCUUCGCCAUCCAUGCUGAGGACGAUCCAAUUGCUGUAGAUGAGGCUGUUCCGUAUCAGGAAAUCAAGCAAAAUCCGUAUGUGGUCAUGUGCUCGACUUCGACUGGAGGCCACUUGAGUUGGUUCGAGAUUGGUGGAACUCGAUGGUUCUCCAAGCCGGCAGUGAACUUCCUUCAGAAGAUGGCGCGCGAGUAUAAUAGCGGUGGAACGGACGGCCCGACAGGCACAUUGUCAGAGAUGACGAAAAAGGCCACAUCAAGUAGCGGGUUCAAGAGUCCAUUCGUUUUUGAACCGAUGCGCAGGAAAAUGUACCUUCCGGAGUAG